AACAGAAAUAUUUUAGUGCAUAACAUUUUUAGGAUUUUUAUAUUUUCUGGGAAUACAUAAAUAAAAGAAAUGGUCUAAAUCCAAACUCAACAAAUAUAAGACCUGUUGGAACUAUAAAGGCUGAGAGUUAAAAACUUCACAGGAAUAUGUUUUCUAUAUGGAAAUAUCACUGUACAAAUAAUAAUAAAAUGCUAUCCUCGAGACAAAACUAUUUUAAGAAGAAUAUGAAAAGUUUGCUCCUGCUUGUAUUAAGCUUAUAUACAUGCUUACAACCAAUAACCUCGAAAGAAGUUACUGGAAAAGUCGACGACACCAUAGAUAAGCCACCGGGUAUGGGUGAACAAUGUACAUGCUCAUGGAGUAAGUGGAUGGAUGGCUCAAUCCCAGAUGAAAACGGAGAAGAUGAGACAUACACAACUUUACGGAAAAAGGGAAAUCAAUUUUGUAAAUCACCUGUGGAUAUACAGUGUUAUAAUUAUGCAACAACAUCUGAAAAUAUUGGAUUUUCAACAGUUUGCAAUGUAAAUUUAGGACUAUCAUGUUCUUUACUCUGUGACGAUUAUGCAGUGAGAGUUGCAUGUUGCUACUGUCCUCCUGAGGCAACAGGUCCAGAGUUUCAAAUCUAUUCGUCCAUUAGCAGUGGAGGAUGCCUGAAAGCAAUUCCAUCUACAUCUGCAGGUUUAACAUCAUCUGUCACCAUAGUAGACAGUUGUGAUUUAUCAGAUUCUGCUCAAUCCUGGGUGUGGGUUGCAAAAUAUACUCUCAAAAAUAUUAAGACGCAACAAUGUCUUGCUGUUAAAAACAACACCAUUGUCCUGGAAAAUUGUGAACUGGAAGAGAACACUCAAAAAUGGAAAUAUUUGUCUCGUUCUUCAUUGUUACAAAAAUACGGCAGCACAUACAAAUACAUGAAAAGGCAAGGAAAUACCGCCGUUCUCGAUACUUCUCGUGGAACAGAAAGCAAAUGGCUAUCUCGAGUCAAGGAAGGAACAACAAGCAUGAAAAACAUGAGAAAUUUCCAAUGCCUGGCUCUUUCACCCAUGGAAAAUGGAGAUAUGACAUGUACUUUGGGUCGAUAUGUCUCCUCAGAAUGCACCUUCACAUGUGACUAUGGGUAUAGGUUAUCAGAAGAUAUCGAAAAUCCAUCAGAGUGCACAGAUGAUGGCCUGUUUACUGCAGAAACUCCAAAAUGUGAAAAAAUUCUCUGUGGUCCGCCUAUGACUGAAGUUGAACAUGGGACGGUAACCUGUUCAAAUGAAAACAGCUUGGAUUCCUCGUGUAUAUUCAAAUGUGACACAGGGUAUGCUCUCAGAGGUCAACAGCAACUCAUGUGCAUGGAAAAUAGCAAGUGGAACGAUAAUGCACCAAAAUGUGAAAAAAUUAUCUGUGAUCCAGAUCUAGAAAAAGAAGGUUUGCAAGAUGGAACAGUCAAUUGUACAAAUAAUGCUUUCUAUGGAUCAAAAUGUACUUACACCUGUCUGCAAGGAUUUGAACUUCUUGGUCCUGCAAUUAGAAUCUGUCAACUGAAUGAGGAAUGGGAUGAAACGAGACCUGUUUGCGAAAAAAUACAAUGUCCUGCAAUUGGUGCCAACGAGAACAGUGCAGUGUCAUGUUCAGCUGGAAUAGAUUUCCAAUCUGUUUGCAAAUUUACAUGCGAUACAGGGUAUACAAUGGUUGGAAGUGCAAGUUCUGUUUGUACCGCUGAUAAAACAUGGGGAAGUGAACCACCAACUUGCGAAAGGAAAACUUGUAAUAUUCCUGCGAUCCCUGAAAAUGGUCAGAAGAUCUGUGAUGAUGGAAAUUUUUAUGGAUCAAAAUGUUCGUUUUCUUGUGAUCGUGGAUUUCAACUUGAAGGCCAGGGAUCUCUGACUUGUACUGAUAGUGGAUGGGAUGUUGGAGUUCCAAAAUGCACUCAAAUCAGUUGCAAUAGACAAGUCAAUCCAGCGAAUGGUGCUGUGACCUGUACUAACAAUGAAUUAUAUGGAUCUACAUGUUCGUUUUUGUGUUCUCAUGGUUUCAAAUUGAAAGGAUCUGAUUCAACUCAAUGUAUCAAUGAAGGGGAAUGGUCCAAUCCUACACCUGUUUGUGAAAGGGUCACCUGUCCACUGUUGACAGAGGUUCGUAAUGGAAAUGUGUUUUGCUCUCAGGACAACUUUUUCAAUUCAGCAUGUCUUGUGUUAUGUGACACGGGCUAUGCUAUGCCGCCAGGUACACAACCUGUCCCAGUGAAUUGUCAACUCAACGGCCUGUGGUCAAGUACUCCUGCAACUUGUAAACCUAUUCAAUGCAGAGGCAUCAGCAUACAUAGAGGGCUAAUUGCAUGUACUGAAUCAAAUAACUAUAAUUCAACAUGUACUUUUCAAUGUAAAGAAGGAUAUAAUCUUCUUGGCACAACAAAAGCGAAAUGCACUGAAACUGGUUGGGAUGCUCAAGCACCAAGCUGUAGUAGGCAAACUUGCUCACCGCCACUCGCAAGACCUUCUAACGGUCAAAUCACUUGCCAAACGAGUGGACGUCCUGUUUGUACUUUUUCAUGCAAUCCUGGUUAUAAACUCAUCGGAUCGAAAACAAGCGAAUGUCAGAGAGAUGAAACAUGGAGUGUUACAGAGAUUCCUAUUUGCAAAAUUGGCAAAUGUCCGAGUCUUCCAACUGUUCCAGAUCACGGUAACGUUACUUGUACAAAAGAUACCAUCUAUGAUUCUUUAUGUACAUUCGACUGUGAAAAAGGUUAUAAACUCGUCGGUGAAAAGCAAACUAGAUGUACCGAAUCUACAACAUGGAGCCAGGAAUCCCCUGUUUGUGAGAAAAUAUCCUGUCCAAUGGAUGACACUCCACCUCACAGCAAUGUGAAAUGUACUGACAAAAACUUCUACAAAUCUCGUUGCACAUAUAAAUGUGAAGUCGGAUAUAAGUUGCUUGGUUCAUCCAAUAUACAAUGCUAUCAUAAUUCAACAUGGAGUGACCCGACACCAUAUUGUGAACGAAUCACUUGUUCUCCGAGUUACAGCAACCCAAGUAAUGGAAAAGUCAUUUGCUCCGAUGUGAACAAUUACAAUUCAAAUUGUGAUUUCUCAUGUGAAGAAGGAUUUUCACUAGAGGGCGAUAAAGUAUCAACUUGCCUAACAACUGGAUGGACGAUGAAGAGCCAACCAAUGUGUAAAAAAAUCACUUGUCCAAUGGAUGAUGAAGGUAUUCCUAACGGAUCCAAGGAGUGUGAUCGAGCUAAUGAUUAUAAAUCGACAUGCAAAUUUUCUUGUAAUCAUGGCUAUGAAUUGAUUGGAUCGAAAAAAGUUGUUUGCACAAAAAAAGGAUCAUGGAGCAGUGAAAAACCAAGAUGUAAAGAAACAAAAUGCCCAGAAAUUCCACCGAUUGAUAACGGGCAAGUAAUUUGUAUCAAAAAUAACAUGUAUGAUUCAGAAUGCAAGUUUGUUUGUAAUGAUGGAUAUAUGAGAAAACCAGACACAAGCACUGUUAAAUGCAUGGAAAACAGAAGGUGGAAUCCUGCUGGUUUCCCAAUUUGUGAACCAGUUAAUAAGACAUUGCCAACUUUGCCACCAACUACAAAAUCUACUACAACAACAACUACCAAACCAACUACUCAACCUACCACGACCACAUCUACAACUACUACUACAACCAUGACUACGACAAUGGAAGAAGAGACCAGUCCUGAGCCAGAAAUGAGCACGCCUUUUAAAAUUGUUACCAAGGCUCCAUUUAAUCAAGAAGGAAAGACGAAACCAGUAACGCCAAAAAUUCUUACGACAGCUCCCAUGGAAAUUCCACCAAACGAAAAUGUUGUCAGUACUAAACCGGAUAAAAACGAUGUGACAUUCAGUGAGAAUAACGUUGGUGAACAAGAAGGCGCUUUCCCGAUCAUUAUAGUCGCUGUCGUUGUAGCUGUCGUUGCUCUUCUAGUUGUGAUAGUAGUCGCACUUGUCCUCUGGAGAAAAAGAUCAAAGAAAACUUCCAAGUAUAAUAACGGACCAACUGCUCCCUUUAAAAUGGACAACAGAUAUGAUCAUGAAAUGGGCCCUCUUAUUCCGAAUGGUAACACAACAGGAACUAAAAAAUAUGGAGCGAUUUCAAUGGAUCGUCUUGAAAUGGAAUAUAAUCGUCGUCAUGCUGAUGAUGAUAAAAUGUUCAGAGAAGAAUAUCAUUCUCUCGUUGAUGGAACGGGAUCACGAGAAGCCGGUGGACGAGCUAAAAACAAAGACAAAAAUAGAUACACCAAUAUAUUACCAUACGACCAUUCUCGAGUUAUUCUACCAAAACAAGGAAUGGAUGGAGACUCUGAUUACAUCAAUGCAUCGUUUGUUGAUGGAUACAAACACAAAGGCAAGUUUAUCGCCGCUCAAGGUCCUAAAGAAAAUACUAUCGUUGAUUUCUGGAGAAUGGUUUGGGAACAAAAUGUAUCGACAGUCAUUAUGGCAACUAACACAGAAGAAAGAAAAGAGCCAAAAUGUGCGAAAUAUUGGCCAAGCGGAGAACCACAGAGCUAUGGUGAUCUGAUGGUUGAAAAUCUCGGUGAAAAUCAUCUAGUCGAUUAUACUAUAAGAUCAUUCAGUGCACAAAGAGCACAAGGUGAUUCAACCAUGAGCAUCAAACGUACAAUCACACAAUAUCAUUUCACAAGUUGGCCAGAUUUUGGGGUACCCAAAUCACCUUCUGGAAUUUUAAAAUUUCUGCGUAAAAUUAAGCACAGCAGUCCAACGGGAUAUGGGCCAAUCAUCGUUCAUUGCAGUGCUGGUGUUGGACGUACUGGUACAUUUAUUUGCAUUGAUGCAAUGAUGGACAUGAUAUCUAGAGAGAAUAAGAUCGAUGUAUUUGCGUGCUGUUCACAAAUGAGACAGCAACGUCCUGAGAUGGUGCAGACAGAGCAACAAUACAUAUUCAUAUACCAAGCUGUAUUAGAACAUCAUUUAUAUGGGGAUACAGAAGUAGAAGCAACAGAAGUAUCUGGUCAUAUUGAUGAUCUGAUGCAAAGAUUACCAGGAAAUGUUACAGGAAUGGAACAUGAAUUCAAGAAACUUACAUCAAUCCGAAUACAAAAAGAACACAUGCGUGCUGGCAAUCAUCCUGCAAAUAUGAGAAAGAAUAGAGUUUUAUUAAUACUGCCAUAUGAUUGGAACAGAGUUAUGCUGCCGAUAAAACGAGGUCAAGAAAAUACAGAUUACAUAAAUGCAUCUUAUAUUGAUGGAUAUCGACAGAAAGACGCGUAUAUUGCAACACAAGGACCUCUGCCUCACACAAUGGAAGAUUUCUGGAGAAUGAUAUGGGAUUCUAAAUCUGCUUCUAUAGUUAUGUUAACUGAGCUUGUAGAAAGAGGCCAGGCGAAAUGUGCGCAGUAUUGGCCGAAUGAUGGAACGUUAACUUUUGGAGACAUUGAAGUUGAAUUUUUAUCUGUUAAUGAAAGUGAAGAUUAUUCGGAACGAGAUUUCCAGGUUUCAAAUAAAAGUAAUACCAAGGGUGGCCAACUUAUUGUCAAACAGUUCCAUUAUCAUGGUUGGCCAGAAGUUGGAGCACCAGUUUCUGGCUAUAGUAUGAUUGAAUUAGUCGAAGAUGUACAAAAACAACAACAAAAUUCUGGUAAUCAUCCAAUUGUCAUUCAUUGCAGUGCUGGUGCUGGUAGAACAGGAGCUUUCUGUGCAUUGACGACUGCACUUGAACAAGUUAAAGCUGAAGGAGUGUUGGAUAUGUUCCAAAUCGUUAAAUGUUUAAGAAUGCAGAGACCUCAUAUGGUUCAAAAUUUGGAACAAUAUGAAUUUUGUUAUCGAGCUGUUCAAGAAUAUAUAGACUCUAUGAGUGAAUAUUACAACUUCAAAUGAUGAAAGCCAAGCACAACUACACACACACAAUUUGUAAAGCUAAUAUGAGUGUGACAACAUCCAACAAACCAACAUAGAUCUAUCUCCGAAAAAGACGUCAGUUGUCAAGAAGAGGAGAUGGAUCGGCAAGCUAUCCAAGACGGCCUGUUCAAGGCAGCAAACUUUACACAGCAUCGUUGCUAUUUGAUUUACAUUUUUUUCUUUUUUUAUUCAGUGUUUGGUAUUGAAAUAUAUUUGAAAUUUUUAUUGUUGAAAUCCUUUUAAAUUAACAAUGUAAACUUGAUAUCAGCUUCUGUAUUAUAUCAAUGAUUUCCAGCAUCUCGCGCAUUGCCACGGUAUGAAUAGUACAGUUUUUUUGAUCUUCGAUUUUUAUUUGCGAUUUUGUUUUUUGCUCUGUCAUGCGGCAAUUUCAUAUUAUGUGUACAUUUUAUUUCAUUCCUCAAUUUGAUCAUAUAUUUUGUUGAUAAGAAAGACAUGGAAUGAUUUUGUGAUUCGAGUUUCCUCAAGGAAAUGGAUGAAAUAACCACUAUAUUGUAUCAUAAAUAUUCACGGCUUGUUUUUGAACGGAUAUUAUGAAGGUUGGAAGCCUGUCAGCUCUCAGCCUCACCCUUCUAAAUCUAAGUCAAUGUAAUAUACAGAUGUUACAAGUAAAUAUGAAUUCAUUUGUUGGUUUAUUUCCUACUCAUCACAAACCAUUUUAUUUGUGUUAUUGCUCGAUACAAAUCACAUUCGUUGUCCAAGAUUAAUAUACUAUAAAGUAUGAAUAUACAAAGUAUGAAUAUACGAGCAUUUUGAUAUUGAUUUAUUAGGAUGGUCAAUCUAUAUACUGAUUGUUAUCUAUGGCAGAUCAUGUUAAUAAUGUUAUGAAAUGAAUCAUUAAUUAAACAAAUUUUUUUAUUCGUUUUAUAACUUUGAUGGAUUUUAUGCAUUUACAAGUUGGUGUUACAACUUAAUUCAUUCGUUUCUGCAACAAGCAAAGAUUGCUUUUUCAAGUAUAUCAUUUGAUUUUAACUAGUGGAAGUCCCACAUAAAAACCAAUUUUAUUCCUAAUUUGACGCUUUUACCAGACAAGCCUAUUUAAUGUGUGACUUCAAUUUAAAAAAAAAUAAAAUAACAAUGGUGAUGCAUGACUUUAUGUUUUGGUAAAACUGGCUUCUCAAUGUUUGUACAUUCUUAUCUGUAUUUACAAGAUGAGAAUUAUUUCCUCAUAUACAAUAUCCUAGAUUUUGAUUCCUUUGUUUUUAACGUUUUGGAUUGUUCACAUGAGACUGAAGCAUUAAAAAAAAAUUUUUCUGGUUAUGGUAGGUAUCGUUACAUAUUUGUCUUAUUCAGAUUUUGAAUAAAGUAUUUUAUAUUUGUCAGGAAUUAGCACACCCUUUGUAAUGCAUAAUGAAGUUUGUCUUGCAGAUUUGCAAAGUAUUUGAUAAACUUGUUUUUUUUGCAAAGGCAGGAUAGAAAAUAGGAUUUUGGAUCAUGAUAAAAGGUGUAAUCAUGAUUUUCAAUGAGGAAUGUAAAUAAAAAAAAAUUUAAUCAUGCAAUCAUAUUACCAGUCAAAUUUUCAUGUUUGAAAUGCUUGUAAUAUCGUAUUUGAAUAUGCUUACAUGCUACUUAUCUAUGUUAAUACAUAUAUUGAACAUGUUUAUUUUCUUGUUGCAAGUUCAUCAGAUUUAAAUAAACAUUAUAAUAUAUUUUAAAAUGAAAUGUACAAGGUUCAAUGCAAUUUAUUUUGUACAAUGUUUUUGAGCAUAUUUUUUGAAAUUUAAGUUGCAUUUUCCAACUAUAAGUUGUGUAUUUUGUUGAUACCUCAACUUGCGUUUUAUCAUCAAUUUUUCAGCUCUUUGGUGCACUCUUAAAAUAGAUAUAUUCACCCACCUCCAUUCAACGGCUUUUUGUCCCAGUUCUAUGAGUACAUCACUCACUGAAAUUGGGCCUGUAUACCAUCGAAAAAGCUGAUUCAAGCGAUUGUUCGCAGAAUAUUAGUGAAAGUUGGCAUGCACUGAUAUCGCUAUGAAUUGAUUCCUUCAUAAAUAAAUACCUAAAUAAAAGUUUUGUUAAAUGGCUUUCGAUUGACCAUCAACUUGAAAUGUAUUUUGAGUUUAAUUCGGAAUAAUUAUAUUCGAUUCUAUUCAUAAUAGAGUGCUCAAGCUAUUUUUGUAACAAUUUGGUGAUUUCAUUUUCGUUAUAUACUGUAAAAGGUUUGAUAGGAAAUUUAUAUAUUUAGUUGUAUGUUAAUUUGUUUGAUUCGAAUAUUUUGAAGGUUAUGGAGAAUUACCCAUAUCCAUGAAAUGUCAUUUUAGCAUUUUUGUUAUUAUUUUUUUGAAAUUAUUAUACUUUCAAGUUGGUGCCAUUUUAUUUUUUUGCGUCAUAUUCCUUUGUUCAUUUGCUAUACGAAGUCUUUUUGUCAAGCUACUUUUAUUUCUUCUUCCAUAACAUUAACAAAACCUAAUAUGAAAGAAUUAAUAUGGAA